AAAUGGAAGGGGUGAGGCGGAACAUAGCACUGAAGCUGAAACCGGCGGUAGGGAAGGACAGCGGGCCUCACCGCUCACCCGGCGAUGGAGGACGGAAGAAAGAAGGAGGCAAGACUUCUGGUGUUGUGGAAGACGUCAUCGGUUCCUCCUCUCCUCCUCCACCCCCGCCUCCCUCUGAUCUCCAGUCGCGCUCCCCCAAGCCACACCCCCUCCCUGAAACAGAUCAACCUCCCACUGACCAUGCCCACCUCGUUACCAGCAUCCCCCAACCCCCUGAACAUGUCACCAUGACUACAACUGUCUCUGUGUCAGGGAAAGUCCCCCCAGAGAGUGCCCUGGAGACCGGAGGUAGUCUUCGCUGGGACCAGAAGAUGAACUUGUUGGGUCGAGCAGUGCAGGACCCUCUCAUGCACAUCUGUGAGAUCUGCUGUCUACCUGUACUCAUAUACGGCAGAAUGAAGAGAUGUCGCCAUGCAUUCUGUCGAGACUGUGCUAAGAAGGCAGGAGGGGUGUGUCCUCGUUGCAGAGAGGGAGAACAGAUGUUUGAAGAGGCCUCGAUGGGAAAUGUAUACAUCUGCACACAUGGAGGAGGACGGUGAGAUGGGGACCAUGCAUUUUAGGUCACCUGACAGCUGUAAUGGAUUCAGAGACAUGAAAUGGGUGUGUCUUGUUUGCUUUGCCUUGCCUUUCUACCGCACUACCUAGUAGUUGACACAUGUUCUUUAAGUUCAAGACCUAGGUCUAGAUGCACCACACAGCUUUGUUGGAUGAGAUAAAGAAUAGAUAUGGAAACGAAGGUGUCAUCGUGUAUCUUAGCCUAAAGUGUAAAGUGCUGUUUUAGUCCAGCGGUUGUCUGUGCUGUAGCUAUGACAACAAGGGAUGUGGGCGGAGCUACCUGUCCCAGCGAGAUCUAGAGGCCCACAUCACUUACCGUCAUAAAGACAAGAGCACUCUUCCUGGUCCUCCUCCGGCUGGAGUGGCUCUCACCUCCCAGAGUGGGCUUCCCUCCCUCCCCAUGCCGCCCUUCUUCGCUAUGGGGCCUGCUGGUCUUCCUCCAAACUUUCCCCUCCACACUCUCCCUCACCCCGGCAUUCCUCCCAACCUGCCAGGGGCAAGGGGUCAGCCAAUGUUUCCGGCCAGAUUGCCUGUUGUCUUUGUCUCCCAGGGAGCUACUUCCACCAGUGCUGCAGUCCCGACAUGGACUACUCCCACUGUCUUCAAACCUCUCUAGUCUAUCUCUGUAUCAUCUCAUUAACAACCUUCGUAAUGACACAGAAAAACGAUCUUUGGCACUGACAGCAGCUGACUACGGUGCUUUUUGGCCCUCCUGAUGCACUGGUCACUUGUUUUAGCCACACUAUUAUUAUAGCAAAACUAGUAGUAUAACAGCUUUCAGACUAUGCAGGUGAUGCUAUUUACUGCGUGUUUUUUCACUCA